AUGGUGAAGAUGCUGAUUCUGAUUUGUGGUUUUAGGAGUGGAUGUGAUCAAACAGAUGAAUGUGUAAAUAGAUAUCAAGAAGAUGAAGUCAAACACAAGGAAAAGAAUCAGAAACGUGAGUCAACAUGGAUGCGAAAGGAAACAAAUGCAGCCUCAAAUGGAAAUGAAUCAAGCCCCAACCCCAAGAUCCACAUGCAAUUUUCCGUCUAUAUUGCUGUGGCAAAGACGCGACUCUCUCUCGCUCGCUUGGUCGCUUUGUUGGAUCUCUUCCUACUCUUCAGAGACAUGGAUAGCAAGGAGCAAAGAGAGAGACUGAAGAACAUUGAAGCUGAAUACGCCAAUUACUUGAAAACAAAGUACUUCUCGGAUAAAGAUAUCUAUGGAGGUAAAAUUUUUGAAGAGAAGACGAUUGACGGAAUGACUAUUAGGGCAAGCAGCGAGGAUGUGAUUAGAUCUUAUCAGGAUCCUCUUGGGUAUUGGAAUGAGAAGUACGCACCGCGUACAGAGUCUUCAACAGAUUCAACAGAAACAACAACAACAACUACAACAACAACCAACCAUUCGAAAGGAAACCACUCCUCUAAAAAGAGUGCUUAA